CCAUCUCUUCACUUUUGACUGCUGUAUUGUCUGACAAUAAKAUACCAUCCAGAAAAUAUGUUUUUCUGAUUCUAUUCUGAAGCUCGAGGCUGUGUGCACUGGCAUUAUUGUCGUUAUCAUUGCAAAUGUCGUCGCUGGUCAGGAAGGUUUGGAGGAGUUCUUCGAGUGUCAUUUCGGAUGCGGUACUGUUCCGAUCGCGGUUUGUGGUUGCGAUUGUGGUUGCGGAAUGUGUUGUGCUGGUUUCGUCGUUACCACCGAGCGAGGAAUCAUAAGUAACGGUUUGCAACGUCUUCGACAAAUUACAGGCCGACGAAUGCCAAACCUCGUUUUUCUGGYUGCUGGUGUCGAUUGUAACCCCAUCCCCGCCUUGCGCACUCCAAUCGAUGGACGACCACAGCUCCGCGGAAAUAUCUCGCCUGGAACUUCGGUCAGCACAGGUAUCGAUUGUCCUCAUCGAAAGGGAUGAAAAGCUGCAAUCUCCCAAGUGGAUCGCCCUUGCCUCCGCGCUUGCUCUCGAUCUCAUAGUUCUGCCAAAGGCUUUCGACGUGAUGGMAAUAUCGUGAUCGGCUUCGACCUGGGAUGCUUCUUGCCUUUGUCGACGUUUUGGAUUGUUAAAGAGAGACAUUUUGGGGAAUKCUAGAGGACAUUAUGGCACCUUGCUUCUGGUUCUAUUGGUGCUGUUGUGUCACUCUUACUUCUAUUUUAAAAAUUCAAAAAGUGUAUGAAGUUUUUCCUGCCUUCCGAUGCUACAAAAAUGACAAGGAUUCCUCUCUUCAGACGUUUCACGAUUCAUUUUAAAUUGACGUUUUACUCUAAAAAUCGAAAAUCGAUAUUAGAAUCGRUAWUAGAAGUAUUCUGUUAUCACCAUGUCGUUGAAGAUYGGACAUAAAUAAAUUAUGUCGGUGAAGUAUAUACGCGGCCGAUUCGAUUCCCAGAUUGAAAAAGACUUCAUAUCUAAGCGAGUACGUAGUCGUGAUUGUAUUACUUCGAAGURCUAUUAGACGUACUUUUACAGUGGGAACUACUGUACGUACUGUAAUCAAUACCGUUAUGUAUGAUAGUAAAAUAUCAAUGAUAUUAUUGCCUUCUAGUGAUGUUCAAGUUGAAAAGUCAUUUUCUUGGUAGGUUUGCCUUCAGAUUCAGAACAGCUAACAGUAUUACUCUUACUAGGUACUAUACAUAGUAUGGUACGAGAUAUUACGAAUUACUUCUACUAUUUUGAUGUUGAAUGUUGAUGUGAUUGAUGAGGGCAGGAGUAUUGUACCUUCGUACUCGUACAUCAUACACGCGGCCGGCCGCCAGUCACAGGUGUUCGUAUCGUACGAAAAGGGGAUUUUGUUUCAUAUUAUACGUUUUUUUAGAGUUAGGGAUAACACUAUAUUUGGUAGGAAUCAAGCAAUCUGAUUGGCUAAUUAGAUAGAUCAAAAUUAUCGAAACUGUUUUUGGCACACGCAACAACGUUUCACAACCAGAAGGACCCUGCGAAUUCUAAAACUGUAUUUUGAUCUAUCUUAUUAGCCAAUCAUAUUGCUCGAUUUCCACCAAAUUAUAGUAUUAUCCCUAACUCCAAGAAAACGUCUAAUAUGAAACAAAAUCCCCCUCCGAAAACCUGUGCAGUAGUAAGUACAGUACCACCAUACAGUAUUUGGUCCGGAUACUGUAGUACCGUAGGAUUUUAGAACCUUUGAAUGCAUGGUCGCGGUACGUACCGUAACUGCUACCUUCACCAAACCGUCAACCGUCACUCCAACGGUUCCGAARCAGAGAUGCGGUACUCACAAAAACCUCGUUCACAACUACUCGAAACUCCGAUCGGCGGUAGCCAAGAGGUGCACCCAAGUUGACAUCAGAAAAAGCCUUKUAACCAACCGUAGUUUGUUGGAAUGAAUCUUUGAGUCGAAGGAAAGAAACCAUAUAUCCGAUCAGUAUUGUGCCUCCGUCGACACACAAAGGGGUUUCACGUUUGUCAUAGAAUUUACAGCAAUAAAAUUCAAAAGACCGCUUCAUCCUAACCAUGUACGAGCUCACCGCAACAAAAGGAGCUAUCGACGACGCACAGUUUAAAUCCAGCGGGUCGCUUUUCAUUGCAACCAUGCUGGACAAUUUCCUGGGUUGUCCGUGCUCAUCCUCUCUCCAACAGUGCACCGAUCUUGCCGACCUGGGGAACCAAGCCGCCGAACAUAGUUUGUCCUUGAGGGAAGAAACUGCAACAAAAUGAAGAAAGACGCCACAUCCUAGGGUCAAUUGAAUGAGUAAGCGAACGUGAAUGAGCCUACCAGUCAAUUAAUGAAUGGUGUCGGGAACCUAUCGUUUUUUGACGCCCUGGUUGAUACCAACAAUACAAUCGAGAAUUUCACGCGUGCGAUAUGGAAUUGAGUUCGAACAGAAGGCAUACAAAUAUCAGAGUUGUUUCUGGGAAGAGAAGUUUGGUGUGGAAUAGAAAUAUCAUAAGAAGCCGGUCAACGCAUGUGACUGAACAUCUUUCUCAAGCAUCCUUCACUACACAAACAAACGAAUCAACAACUGACCUUUUCUUCAGCAGAGGCCACUGCAAUGGCACGAAUCAGCGGAGUAGAUUAUCUGAAAGAACGAAGUGAUAGACGAAUUCCAUUUCCCAACUUUAGUUGUGAUCAUUUCAUAUCUCAAAACGAUACAAGUUAUUUCGCAUUGAUUGAUAGAUGAAAGUUAAAGCUGCUGCUAUCACUAUCACCACGAUGAACUACUUAGUUUUGAUUUAGUUAUGAGUCUAUUUCAAUGUUUCUCGUCAGUUUUUCUUCGAAUAAAGCUGUUAUCAAAACAAUAAAUUCAAGUUUCCUCAAUYAAUUGCGUUGRGAUCCAACAAGAAACGUGCCCUCUCCACUUKGAUACGAAUAUAAUCUAUUUGACAAAGCUUCAACAGGUGCAUUUCUGCUCCGGGAUAUAAGAGGGGUCACAUAUUAUGAAACAGACUGUGGAGGGGAUAUUUGAAGAAAUGAGAAAGAAGUGUGAGGUAGCACCAUGUAAAGCACGAGUAGAUAGUGAGUGACAGCACAAUAUGGCUCAUCCACUCACUCUUUAUUGUAAACACGUAGUUAUACCACACUAAAGAGCACACGUACAUUUUGAAGGUUGGGCUAUGGACAUUUUGCAWGAAACACCUUUCAUGGUUUUGGUUGUUUUUGUAGUCACUUCUACAUAAAUGAUUAUGUUUAAUGGAUUUAUCUAUGUGUUUAAUUAUAGGUCUAUUUCAACUGAACUGUAAUGAAAUGUGAGUUUAGCAAAGGUUGAUAACACAAGCAUUUUCUGCCAUUCCCAUCAAGUUGCAAUCUGAGUUGUUGGAAUUUCCAAUGCUCAAGCAGGAAUCAUUUCCACGACUGACAYAACUCCCUUGACUUGUAUAGGUCACAGUGUCUAAAUUAGUAGGACCCACAUAUUUGCAUUGACCUUGCUGGACCUGAACGCGACUGUUUCGGUUUCCACCAUUACUGCUCAAUCUGAGAGCAAAGUUGGCUGUCACAGUUGCAUCACAAUUGUUCACGGCAUACACUGAAUACCUUGUGGUUGGUUCAUUGGAAGGGUGUGGCAUUGGCGCAGGAGGACAGUUUUGGUACAUGAAGGUCAUCUCUUCUGUAUUGACUCCAUCCUUUCUGCAGAAUCCUGAUUGACCGUCGCUGCCGUCAAGAAUUUCAUAUGUGCCUCCAUUUUCUUCGCAGCAUGUAACUGCGGGAGAUACCAUAGCUUGUGCGCUUUGCAACGCAAUGAUGAAAACAGUGAUGGUGUAUAUAUUCAUAGYAUUCAUUAUUUUUAGAUUUCGGUGAUUAUAGAUUGGUUUUGGUUUGUUCGUGGAUGUGUUUCUGUUUUGUGAGACUUGGGAGGAAGGAAGAGGUUUUGAUAAUUUUUCGACGACUUGCGCAAAGAUUGUAUAGAAAUGUUCGAAAUUACUGUACUGAAGUAGAAGUAUUUAAUUUCUUUUCUCCGCUUUUACACGAAUAAUUAUAACUUAAGUGCGACGCUGUGAACGAACAAAAAAUGUUGAUUGGUCGUACCUUUUUCUUCUUAUUAUUUUUUAAUGCGGAGAAAUGAGCAGCGGUUAAGUACUUUGUACCUCACAAGACGGGUUUYAAAGAUCGUUUCAAAAAAGAAUAAUACGAGUGAUAAAGAAUAAAAGAACAUGYUGUGUCGGUAAMGGUKUGAAUAUCAGAAUACAUCUGCUGUCGAUAGCACUUAGAAAARUCAUAGMGUGAAUAUGAAGAUGAGUCCGUUGCAGCGAGUACUCACCUCCUUUCCUUUGCUACGUUGCAAGGGCCAACCAGUAUGAAGAAAUUUUGUAAAAGCGAGUGAAUGAUCGGUGUUUCAAAUGUCAUUCACACGAAGAAAAGGAUGGAUGCAUUUCGGUGUCAAAACAAAUAGCCCGCGGACGGAUGGGGUGACGAGCAAAUUGAAAAAAURAGUUUUUUACAUCUCUUAAAUKAUAGCGCGAAACAUUACAGUAAUGAUGAACAUUUCAUAUUAUAUCAAUUUGUGAAUUCUAUAUCAUUGCUAGAAGAGCGAUCUCCAUUUAUCAUGUCAAGUCGUGGGAGUUACAAAUCCAAACCAGAACUCACCCGUGCUAUGUAUCACAGCAAGCGGCAAGUAAGUUGAUAGGAACUGGAUUCUUAUCGUUUUCUCUCUCUAAAUCAAUAUUCAAGUAAAAAGUAGUACCAUCACCAACAAUAAAAGGAAGGGACCAAACUGCAARAUCACCGAGUUAAAAUUCACAAAGGAUCCUUUGAAAAACACAAGAAAGCAAAGCUUSACCAUAUCCCAAUCGUGCCUACCCUGAUAUUCCAUUAUGUUGAGUGCUCGUGCCACGUGGCUGUGACAGUUGUCGCAACAAAUGUUGUGCAUGCGUUGCUUGUAGAUACGAUCGGCUUCUAGGAUCGCCUCGUCCCAMCGCCCGGUKCCCCCGGGAAGCUCCCCGAUAUCCAUCUUGAGGUACCGCGUAGGUCUUCCAAAGGCCAUUCGUGGCAAAGGGCGGGAGCUAUCCGUGCCGACAUUAUACGGUCCCUGGAAAUCGUGGGAGUGGCCACGACUAUCGGCGAUUCCCAUGUGCCCGAUGAAGGGAAGUAUCGCCGUAAUCGGGUGAAGAGGCGACCACAGCACAGCAAAGGACAUAUCACUGUUGCUGCUGUUGGAGCCGGAAAAGGAAUGCAUCGGUGCUCCUGGUUGCUCGUGGACCGCACUUUCUACGUCGCAAGAAGAACUGUUGGUCAUGCUGUUGACUGCUUCUUCAAASUUUGAAUCCAGGCACGGCGGUUUGGGGGUACUAUGUGUGUACCUGUGCUGUUACUGAUGAUAAAAUUAUGACCCUCGUACUUUUUACUAAUACUAGACUUGUGGUCGGAAGGUUGGACGAUGGACGCGGUGUCUGCUCAAGCUAAUUCUCGUAUUGGAGUCUGAAGAAUGCGUGAGAAUUAACGAUACGGAGUGAU